AUGGUUCCCUUCUGGUGUGGAGGUAACUAAUAAAAUAAAAAAAUUUUAAAAUUCACAUAAAUUCCAUACAAAAAAGUUGAAUUUCUCAAAAAUAAAACAUUCACAUAUAUAUAAUUGUUUUUCUUAGGCUUUUCGGCCAUGGCAGCAGCCUGCUUCACACACCCGAUUGACCUCAUCAAAGUACACCUGCAAACCUCCACAACCCACCAACGCGCACUGCAAACCACCCAUCGGAUCAUCCAAGAAUCCGGCAUCCUCGGUCUAUACAAUGGGCUCUCUGCCGCACUGCUCCGCCAAGGAACAUAUACAAUGACGCGGUUUGCCAUAUACGAUCUGGCCAAAGACCGUAUGCGGCAUGAGGAUGGGAGUCACCUGACCGGGUUAGAAAUAACCCUGGCCACAAUCCUGUCUGGUGUCGCCGGCGGUAUAGUUGGGAAUCCUGCGGAAAUUCUUAAUGUACGUAUGCAGAAUGACCAGGCGUUGCCGUUGCACGCACGGAGAAAUUAUAGAAAUGCCUUGCAUGGGCUCAAGGUCAUGGUUGCGGAGGAAGGACUGCGGUCGUUGACUAUUGGUUUGGCGCCAAGUCUUUUGCGCGCCACCCUGGCGACUGCCUCGCAGUUCGUAUCCUAUGAUUUGUUCAAGGAGCAGUUGCUUGGUGCUGGGUUGGAUGAUAAUGUCGGGGUGCAUUUUACCGCUAGUUUCAUGGCUGGGCUGGUUGCCACCACGGUGUGCUCGCCCGCGGAUGUCAUUAAGAGCCGCAUGAUGGCCUCGCUCAUAUCGAACUCUCCCGCCAGUGCCGCGGUGUCCGAAACUGCUCCCGUCGGAUCUGCGUCUAUGUGGCAGACUUGCUCGCGUAUUUAUCGCAAGGAGGGAUUACGCGCCUUCUUCAAGGGAUGGGUCCCAUCGUAUGUGCGGUUGUGUCCGCAGCUGGUCAUCACCUUUGUCAUAUACGAGAAAUUGCGCAAGUCUUACUUUUCUCGCUACGAAAACCGUCUUAAAAUCCAAACAAACUCGUUAAAAUAAAAAUAAGAAAACUUGUAAAUGCA